UAAGCGCUCUUUGAACAAUCCUCCGGCUGGGAAAACCAUCGUCCAGACCCUGAAUCCUCCGGCUGUAUUGCCAACUCAUUUCCUAGAGCUGCAUUCAUGGUGUCAGACUCACGUGGGCUCAUCACUGCGUCCUCUCAUAUUUUCAAUGUGAAUUACUUUUAUUAGGAAGUCUGAAAAUCAGUGAAAGGUUCAUUUUUCUCAGCAUCCGGAAGGCUCUAAGCAGAGGCAGGAGGGGCGCGAACAGGGGCUUUGCCCUCCUGGAGAGACAGCAUGAACACAGAUGUUCCCAGCGUAAGCGAAGUAGAAUGUUGGCUUCAGGGACUGUAGCGGAGACACAGAGAUUGACUGGAAGGCAUACAUGGCCCAGGUAGAAGGCGUCAUCAAUGGUACCUAUGACUAUACCCAACUGCAGGGUGACACCGGACCACUUGUGUACCCAGCUGGUUUCGUGUACAUCUUUAUGGGGCUGUACUAUGCCACUGGCCGAGGCACUGACAUCCGCAUGGCCCAGAACAUCUUUGCUGUGCUCUACCUGGCCACCUUGCUGCUUGUUUUCUUGAUCUAUCACCAGACCUGCAAGGUACCUCCCUUCGUCUUUUUCUUCAUGUGCUGCGCCUCUUACCGUGUCCACUCCAUCUUUGUGCUGCGGCUCUUCAAUGACCCAGUGGCUAUGGUGCUGCUCUUCCUCAGUAUCAACUUCCUGUUGGCCCAGCGCUGGGGCUGGGGCUGCUGCUUUUUCAGCCUGGCAGUCUCUGUGAAGAUGAAUGUGCUCCUCUUCGCCCCUGGGUUACUGUUUCUUCUCCUCACGCAGUUUGGCUUCCGUGGGGCCCUCCCCAAGCUGGGCAUCUGUGCUGGCCUUCAGGUGGUGCUGGGGCUGCCCUUCCUGCUGGAGAACCCCAUUGGCUACCUGUCCCGCUCCUUUGACCUUGGCCGCCAGUUUCUGUUCCGCUGGACAGUGAACUGGCGCUUCCUCCCGGAGGCUCUCUUCCUGCAUCGAGCCUUCCACCUGGCCCUGUUGGCUGCCCACCUCACCCUGCUCCUGCUGUUUGCCCUCUGCAGGUGGCACAGGACAGGAGAAAGUAUCUUGUCGCUCCUGAGGGAUCCCUCCAAAAGGAAGGUUCCACCCCAGCCCCUUACACCUAACCAGAUUGUUUCUACCCUCUUCACCUCCAACUUCAUUGGCAUCUGCUUCAGCCGCUCCCUCCACUACCAGUUCUAUGUCUGGUAUUUCCACACACUGCCCUACCUCCUGUGGGCCACGCCUGCACGCUGGCUCACACACCUGCUCAGGUUGUUGGUGCUGGGGCUCAUCGAGCUCUCCUGGAACACAUACCCCUCCACAUCCUGCAGCUCUGCUGCCCUGCAUGUAUGCCAUGCUGUCAUCCUGCUGCAGCUCUGGCUGGGCCUGCAGCCUUUCCCCAAGAGCACCCAACACAGCAAGAAAGCUCACUGAAAUCCACCCCUUUCCCUCCAGUCCACUCUCAGGACCUGGGGUGGGAUGGACUCUGUGCCCUUCCAAAUAAACCUUGCUAAGUCCA